AUGAAAAUCGUAUGCCUGGUUUUAGCUGUCAUAGCAAUAGAGGCAACAGUUAAGCCUAAACGUUGGCAGUUCAACAGAGUACUGCGUGUUGACCCAGUAAACCACAGUCUUUAUACACUCAGUUCCAAUACUGGAAUCCGAAACCAUGCUGUUUGUGCAAAGAAUUGCAAGAGUGAGGAGUGCCUCUCUUUCUCGUUCUCAGCGGUCGACCAAACGUGUGACACUUACUCUCGAUUAAUUGUUGAAGAAGAGGAUGUUGACAUUUCAACACCAAGAAUGUACUUCUCAAAGAUGGUAGGCGAUUCCUCUGAUGUCAAGUCCUCAUCCGGUGUCUGUGAGAUCAUAACUGAAGGCAAACGUAUCAAUUUGUUCUGUGAUAGGGACACGGCUGAUGGACCAUGGUAUGUGAUACAGAGACGAACAAGUAAAGAUGUCGAUUUCUAUCGGAACUGGACAGAAUACAAAAACGGUUUCGGGGAUCUACUGGGGAAUUUCUGGAUUGGCAAUGACAACCUUCAUUUGCUGACUACCACCCCGAGGAUCCUCCGAGUGGAACUAGAGGCCUGGGACGGGACAAGAGGAUAUGCCCAGUACUCGACAUUCCAGGUAGCCGGUGAGGAUCAGAACUACAAACUUCUUGUACAAGGAUUCUCCGGGAACGUUUCCUUUGAUGCCAUGGGCGUCCAUAACGGACACGCCUUCACUACGUACGACAGGGACAAUGAUAAUAAUAAUAUGAACUGCGCCAAGCUGUGGCUUAGUGGUUGGUGGUACGUGAGCUGCUACACAAGUCAUCUGAAUGGACGAUACGCGAUUUACGAUGGAAAUCAAGCUAUUGGAGCAAUGACCUGGAGGGGAUUCCCAGAGUUAUACCAUAUUCCUUUGAAGAAGACCAAGAUGAUAAUUCGGUAGAUACAACAUGCCACGAAUAUAGUUUGAAAUCCCUAAUGGAAACGGAGACCCUGUUCACUGAAAACCAAUACUUGUGGCAUACUGCAUUACGAAAUACAAGUAAUGAUAUCAACACAAUUCUUCAUACAAGUACAAAUAUAAAACUUUUAUAAGAAUACCCCUUACCUUAGAACUAUAUUACUGUUAUAACAAUUAUACAAUUAGAAGGCAGAGGGAAACAUCACUUUUCACAGGUUAAAAAAUCUGAAAAGACAACGGCAUCUGGAUUUUCACAUUAAAGUCAUGGCCUUUUCCUGCAAAAUUAUCCUGGAAAAUGUUUACCUGAGUCUCCUUGGCGGUUUUGGUGUUAUUUUAUGUGUAUGAUAGAAAGAUCUCUUUUGUGAGUAGUGAAAAUACUGAAGCAUCAGGAAUUCCUUGUUACAUUACUAGCUGCAGAGAAAGGCAAUUUCGGUUUUUCUAAUAUAACUUUUAAACACUUAGACAUGUAGUUGAAAUUCGUUUCACACUGAGCUACCUCCGUGCACAAUGAAAAUGUCCUUCAGUUUAACUUGAGUCGACCGGGACCCCGCUCGAUGCUGCAUGUUUGAAGCAGAUUUUUAAGAAAUCGUGCAUGCAGGGUACUCUUGCACAAUAUGUGCUGGUAAAUCAUUACAAAUCGAUCAUUGGAAUAGUCGGAUCAAUUACUCAUUUCUUUUCGAAGCGAUUGUAAAGCGAGAUGCCGCGAUAGAGUAGAGUCUAUAGAAGUAGAGCCUUUGCUCUGAUAAUGUAGGGGCAUUCGCAACGUCAUGAAGCCCAGCAACAUGGUAUACAUGAUACAACAUUAUCCCGUUUAGUUGGUCGUCUCAGAGCUACAGGGAGAUUGGGAGCCUGUCCCAGUAUAGCGGACACCCGCGCAUUACGUCGCGACGUCAAGGAUAGAGGCAUACGUCUCCCGCACCGAUUUCAGACCGCGACGGCGACGGCACGUCAAAUCG